AUUCCAAGAAUCAGUGCGAUCCGGCAGGGAACUCGGGCGGAAUUUUCGGAGAAGGAGGCACCUCCAGCUGGGAGGCCUCGGGGCUGCAGAGAGGGAUCUCAGAGCCGCAUCCCCGCGGGAGACAGCAGAGAGCACCUGGGGGUGGCAAAGCGGAGCGUGACCUCGUCCGCGCGGUCCAGCGCGGCCCGCGGAGCUCAGCCUGCAGGCCCCACCGCGAGGAGGGGGCGGGCAGGCCAGGCGCGGCUCGCGGGUCCCGGCUCAGCCCUGUCGCUCUCCCGGCCCGGGCGCAGCGGCGGCGGGGAAGGCGCAGGCGGCCGGAGGUCCCGGCCCGCAGCGGGCGCCCGAGGGACCGGGUCGCGCCCAGCCGCGGCGCCCCCGCCCCGCCGCCGCCCGGCCUCGCCCCCGCCGCGGCGCCCCUCCCGCCUCCCCGGUUGCCGUGGCAACGCCGGGAGCCUCCGGGCGCGCGCCCGCCCGCGGGAGCGCUCGGCAGCGGCGGCGGUGGCAGCAGCUCGGGCUCUAGCGGCUGGCGCUGCGACCCGGCUCCAGCGCCCGCUCGUCGCCCGCAGCCCUGUCCCCGGCCCCAGCGUGGCCCCCGACCCGACCUCUGCGCCUGCCCCGCCGUCGACCCGAUGGAGCUGCUGGCCGCAGCCUUCAGCGCCGCCUGCGCUGUGGACCACGACAGUUCCACCUCCGAGAGCGACACGCGCGACUCGGCGGCGGGACACCUGCCCGGCAGCCAGUCUUCCUCCACCCUGGGAAAUGGGGCCACGCCCGACGAGUACCCGGCCCUGGCCGACAGCCCCACCACUCUCACCGAGGCCCUGCAGAUGAUCCAUCCCAUUCCCGCGGACUCCUGGAGAAACCUCAUUGAACAAAUAGGGCUCCUGUAUCAGGAAUACCGAGAUAAAUCGACUCUCCAGGAAAUCGAAACCAGGAGGCAACAGGACGCAGAACUACAAGGCAAUGUGGACGGGUCCCUGGCCAGCGAGGACACUCCCGAGGAGGAGGAAGAGGAGGAGGAGGAGGAGGAGGAGCUGGCAAGCCCACCUGAGAGGAAGGCGCUGCCUCAGAUCUGCCUGCUCAGUAACCCGCACUCCAGGUUCAACCUCUGGCAGGAUCUGCCUGAGAUCCGCAGCAGCGGGGUGCUGGAGAUUCUGCAGCCGGAGGAGAUCAGACUGCAGGAGGCCAUGUUUGAGCUGGUCACGUCCGAGGCCUCCUACUACAAGAGCCUGAACCUGCUGGUGUCCCACUUCAUGGAGAAUGAGCGGCUGAGGAAGACCCUGCACCCGUCCGAGGCACACAUCCUCUUCUCCAAUGUCCUAGACGUCCUAGCUGUCAGUGAGCGGUUUCUCCUGGAGCUGGAGCACCGGAUGGAGGAGAACAUCGUCAUCUCUGAUGUGUGCGACAUCGUGUACCAUUAUGCAGCCAACCACUUCUCAGUGUACAUCACCUACGUCAGCAACCAGACCUACCAGGAGAGGACGUACAAGCAGCUGCUCCAGGAGAAGGCAGCUUUUCGGGAGCUGAUCGCACAGCUGGAGCUCGACCCCAAGUGCAAGGGGCUGCCCUUCUCCUCCUUCCUCAUCCUGCCUUUCCAGAGGAUCACGCGCCUCAAGCUGCUAGUGCAGAAUAUCCUGAAAAGGGUGGAAGAGAGGUCAGAGCGUGAGUGCACGGCCUUGGACGCCCACAGGGAGCUGGAGAUGGUGGUGAAGGCGUGCAACGAGGGCGUCAGGAAGAUGAGCCGCACGGAGCAGAUGAUCAGCAUUCAAAAGAAGAUGGAGUUUAAGAUCAAGUCGGUGCCCAUCAUCUCCCACUCCCGCUGGCUGCUGAAGCAGGGCGAGCUGCAGCAGAUGUCGGGCCCCAAGACCUCCCGGACCCUGAGGACCAAGAAGCUCUUCCAUGAAAUUUACCUCUUUCUCUUCAACGACCUGCUGGUGAUCUGCCGGCAGAUCCCCGGAGACAAGUACCAGGUGUUUGACUCAGCCCCAAGGGGCCUGCUCCGCGUGGAGGAGUUGGAGGACCAGGGCCAGACGCUGGCCAACGUGUUCAUCCUGCGGCUGCUCGAGAAUGCGGAUGACCGGGAGGCCACCUACAUGCUGAAAGCAUCCUCUCAGAGUGAGAUGAAGCGCUGGAUGACCUCACUGGCCCCCAACAGAAGGACGAAGUUUGUUUCGUUUACAUCUCGGCUGCUGGACUGCCCCCAGGUCCAGUGCGUGCACCCAUAUGUGGCCCAGCAGCCAGACGAGCUGACGCUGGACCUCGCCGACAUUCUCAACAUCCUGGACAAGACUGAAGACGGGUGGAUCUUUGGUGAGCGUCUGCAUGACCAAGAGAGAGGCUGGUUCCCCAGCUCCAUGACUGAGGAGAUUUUGAACCCCAAGAUCCGGUCUCAGAACCUCAAGGAAUGUUUCCGUGUCCAUAAGAUGGAUGAUCCUCAGCGAAGCCAGAAUAAGGACCGCAGGAAGCUGGGCAGCCGGAAUCGGCAAUGAUCCCUGGUGCAGGGCACCACCUGGCAGAGGAAUGUGGGCAGGUGGGGGCAAGGCCUGGCAGGAGACCCCAACGGACAGUGGAGGGCUCUGGGGAAGGACAGCCCGUGGGAUGUGACUUGGGAGACCCAGCCCUCUCCAGCACAAUCAGUGCUCUUGAGACUUCGCCCCUCGUUCACAACCUGGAUGAAGGCUGCCUGUGUCUCCUGAUGUGUUUGUAAAUGAGAAGAAAGUAUAUUUUAAGCAGUGUUACACCACGUCUCUCCUAUCUCUUAGAGGGGGUGGAAGUGGGUGGGCAUGUUCCAGGGCCUUCCUAGAGACUGGAAGAGGCCCCAGACCCAGGCUGUCCUUGGCAAGGGACAGGCAGAAGGUGAGGAUUGUCCCCACCCCCUGCACGAGUCCUUCUCUACCUUGGAAGCCAUUGGCAUCUACCAGGCACACGGUGGGCCGUGCUUACCUGAAGGACCUUGACGAGUGGCCCUUGGUCUCCAAUUCAUAGCACGGAGGGCCCACACCACCUCUGGCUCCCCAAUGGGCUGGCUGUUAACUAUGUUCUGGCCCCUUGAGGAGCCCAGGUGUUUUAAGGAAUGAAUUGGUCACUGCAUCUUAUAUUGGUUAUGGUUAUGAGAAGAGCAAAUAUCACUUUUGGCUGCAUUAAAAGAAGCAUCAUGUAUAAAAUAAAGGAGAUGAAGGUCUA